CAUACGGAAGUUAUCGUGUGCACCUGUUGUACUUUCAAACAGGAAAGGGAACAAAUCAAUACAUAUUUUUCUGAACAUAGUUGCUUUGUGCCACGCCUUGAGACGUAAUUUUUAUUGGAUCGAUUUUUAAAUAUCUUAAGUCUGACGAUUAAUGGACAAAUUAAAGAAAGUUUUGAGUGGCCAAGAUGGUAAUGACGACCUCAACGUGCUGCAGUCAGCGAAUGAAGCAUCAACACUGGGAUGGGGCACGCGCGUCAAGGGAUUCGUCGCGUGCUUUGUGGUGGGCGUCGUGUGUUCAGUUUUGGGAACUUGCUUGCUUUGGGUUCCUAGAAGCGGACUGACACUUUUUGCAGUCUUCUACAGUUUUGGAAAUAUCGCCUCAAUUUUAAGCACGGUGUUCAUAAUGGGCCCUUUAAAGCAAAUCAAAAGGAUGUGUGACAAGACGAGAGCACUGGCAACAUGCAUUAUGAUUACAUGCCUGGUGCUGACCUUCUGUGCUGCUUUUUGGUGGAAGAACAAAGGCCUUGCUUUGCUGUUCUGUGUCCUCCAGUUUCUGGCUUUUACUUGGUAUAGCUUAUCUUACAUUCCUUUUGCAAGGGAUGCAAUUAUUAAGUUGUUCUCUGCGUGCUUCAAGUGAGAUGCCUCUACACGUGGCCUUGGCAGUCUCUCUGUGCUGCUCUGGCUCCAGCAUUGGUGCUGCCUUCAAUGCCACUCGUGUACCCACUCUGCAACCUGGCACACACAACACACCACACUUCAGGAUCUCCCCCUUCCUAUAACGGUUGGACUCUCUCCAUCUGUGUGAACAAGCAAACCCACACAAGUACUAACAAACAAACAGUCACCUGUGUUUUACUCUCAACUAGGAAACUAUGAAGGAUGGGGCAUGUAAUUAGGUAAAUGGUUCUGGUUAGGUCUCUGCCCUGUAAAGGGAGAGACAUGUUUGGUACAGCAAGAGUUAGCUGCACACUUUAUAUUUAACUGCUGCUUAAUUGUUAAACGAUUCCGUUGUGCCUUUCUCUCUGUCUAUUACUUGAGUAAUAGAUUGUGUAGAACUGUAAACAAUGUGUGUUGUUUUGUAGUGUUAUUUUAAGUAAUUGUGUUCUAACUUUUCGAAUUGUAUUUUAAUCUUGUGAAAAUACCUAGUAGAUAAGUAAUGAGACAAUUUCUGUUAUCCCAUUACUUAUCUAAUAAACAAUAUAAAAUUACAUAAGUAACAUAUUAUUCACUUAUUAUGGUGCCAAUGUAUGCUGUAUCAUGAGGUUUCCUUUUCCCCUAAACAACCCAGUUGCUUUUAGUUAGCUUUGUGUAAAACAUAAAAAUCAUAUGGCUUUUUCUUAUUAAUUUAUUGUAUUUAGGGGAAAAAAUAUGAAUGUAUAGUUAAACACAUUUCCUUUUUAACUGGAUUGAUUUCAGUAAUGACAACGGAAGUUUCCCCUCUUUGUUGUCAUUUCAAAUCAUCAUUUCACCAGCAGUGGGUUUACUGAAGAGACCUCUUUUAUUUUACAGCACAUGUAUGAAAUAUUAUCCAGAUAAUGUAAGAGAUAAACAUUUCAGAAUUAUCUUAUCAUGACUGAAAAUUAUAAUUUCUUAUUAAGUUAAAUAUGCUAUUCUUAUUUGUCUAUUAUUAUGAAUAUAUACUUUACUGUUAUAAUGAAGAAUAUAGACUUUAUGAGAUAAGAUGUAUAAGAGUCUUAAUUGCUACUUUAUAUGGAGCUAUUACUAUAA